GUUGAAGAAUCUUAAGAGUCAAAUCUUCUGAACCUAGACAGACUGCUGUCAGCAUCUCUGAGACCUCCUCCUUCUGAGAAUUGCCAGGUCUGACAACACCUUCCCUCCAACCUACGGUGAGGGACGUCAACACACGCCCUCAAGCCGUGGCAGCUGGGCAGGAACCUUACCAGCUCCAUCCUGAGGGGAGAUUCUGAGAGACAAGAAGCGUGAAAAUUCAGAUAUGCUGAGCCUGAAAUAUACAAAAGCCUUUAGACAGUCUCCUCACAGAAGAACCCAGUUAAAUCCACGUAAUUAGUGCGCACACUCAGAUGAGCCGUAGGUAAAGCAGAGAGCCUUUCUCCCUCCAUCAAAACAGAGUAAAAGUUUGAUUUCAUACUCGGAAAUUUCUUGUCCCCAUACCAGUAUUAUAAAAAGCAGUUUCCCCAUCAUUUGUUUUAAUCAGUAUAAGAGUAGGACUGUGGAAAAUAAGAGUUAUUUAUAUAUUAUUUUUUUAACGAUUAAGAAUUUCUGAUAAAACCUAUUGAGGGACAAGGGUGCUGGGCUGGAGGAUAGAGUAUGGCCAUUGCCAAAUUAGAACAUCACCAUUUUCUUGCUUGUGCACCACUUACUUGGUUCAGGUCGUGAUUGCUUUCUUUGCACGAGAUUGUUAGAACACCUCCAGUAUAUUCAGAGACAGUCUGAAUGACUGUGGAAUGCCUCGAGGGCAAUAGAAAGCAAACCGAAAGAGGUACCCACAGAAGUUUUGAGGGAUGACGGAGGUGCAUUUCAAGUACCAUGGAAACCUCACCGGCCGGGCCCAUUUCCCCACCCUGGCAACAGAGGUCGACACCACUGCAGAUAAGUAUUCCAACCUCUACAUGUAUGUGGGCUUAUUCUUGAGCCUCCUGGCCAUUCUCCUCAUCCUGCUCUUCACAAUGCUCCUUCGGCUCAAACAUGUCAUCUCACCCAUCACUUCUGAGAGCACGGAAAGUGUCCCUCAGUUCACAGAUGUAGAGAUGCAGAGUCGAAUCCCCACUCCUUAAAGUCAGGCUGAAUACGUGCGCUAGUGGGUCUCAGUAAACCCUUGUAUGUUGAUGUCCAGGAAAGCUUAUUUUGUUGCACGUGGCUUCCUGUGUAGGGAAUCAACAAGUUGUUUAUUUAACAAGCUGUUCGUGGUUUUUUUUGUGUUGUUCUUAUCUUGAUUGUGCUUGUGGGAUAUCUAAGAGGUUUAAGACUCGUUCUGUGCCAGGAAUAAAGGAAAUGGCAGCUGGUUGGGAGGGCAGGUUGCCAUAGUAACCAAAGAGAGCCUGGGCCUUGAGCAAACCUCAGACCACAGAAAUUCACAUGCAGCUAUUGUAAAAAAAACACAGGAUCCCUGGAAGCACCGAGAACAAGAAAGAUUUGCUUUCGAAGGGGCUGAUGGUUCAAAGAGGGUACCCCCAAGAAAAGGACAAGUUUUAAUUGAGCACUUGGACCCUAAAGAAUCGUCUCUGCUGACAUGAAGUUAAAUCAUGUCAGAGGCUGAUGGAAGGGACCACGAACCCUUUCCCAAAGGAACAGGGAUUUUAUCAUCCAAGGCCAUUGAGUUUGUCCCAAACCAAAGAAGAGAUUUAAAGAAACUGUUGCAGUUUAAAGAGCAACUUUGCAGAAAGAAGUUGCUAGUCAACAAAUUCGUCUAG